GAAACUGGAGAGAAUGGGCAACGGGGCGACUUGCGACUUGGACCGACGACGACGGCUGUGCGCAACCACCACCCUCACAUUAGCACUCACUCUGCCCCAACCCUACAACAACCCCAGCAGCCCCGCUGAAACCCAGCCAGCGGCAGGACUAGCGCCAAAGGAGCCCCUACACUCCCCUCCCUCUCGAGACUUCGAAUGACUCCUGCACCAGCAAUGGCCCUCUUAUACCUAGAGGACUACCUCGACACGAUCGAGUCCCUCCCAAUUGAGCUCGGUCGAAACUUCUCCCUGAUGAGAGAACUCGACUCCCGCGCCCACGACGCAACAACCCGCAUAUCAACCGAUACUAAGAAGUUUAUGGAUGAUCUGAAGGAUUUGAACCCAGAAGAGGUGGAAAAUAGAUUGAAGGAGAUUUCGAGGUGUUUGAAGGAGACGCUUAGGCAUGGGGAGGAGAAGGUCGCGCUGGCUGUUCAGACUUAUGAAAUGGUCGACAAACACUGCCGCCGGCUAGACGACGACCUUUCCAAAUUCGAAGAAGAGCAAAUGACCGGGCCUAAAGCCUACGGAUCGAUGAACGUCGAUGUGUCCUCCCACAGCCGCGGAUCCACUGCUUUCCAAAAGGGUGAUAAGCGUGGCUUACCCGGUGCGGGUGGGGAGACGCCCAAAAAGAAGCAAAAACGGGGCACGCCACGUCUGGAGGAUCGCUCGACACCCAAACCGGGGAACGACACGCGCGCGUCUUCGGUCGCUGACAGGGACUUGGUGUCGCAAAAUAAUAAGAAGAGCUCGGCGGCGACGCAGGGGAAGAAUACCAAGAAAAUUGUAUCAACAACCACCCACCCAACCCUCGAUAAACGUCCAACGGCAACAACGACAACAACAACAGCUACGACGGGUGCGGGGUUGAAGGAUAAGAUAGUGAUGGAUUUACCGAUUGAUCCGAACGAGCCGACGUAUUGUAUUUGUGGGCGGGUUAGUUUUGGGGAUAUGAUUGGGUGUGAUAAUUCGGAUUGCGACCUGGAAUGGUUCCACUACGAAUGCGUCGGCCUCACCGCGCCACCUAAAGGGUCGUGGUUCUGUCCCGCGUGUGCUGCUACGCAUAAGAAGCGAUGAAGAACAAGCCGUCACGACCUGGCGCAUGAGCCACGAUACCCACCCCACCCCACCCGCAAGUCGUUCUUUUGCAACCUGUAUAUGUUUAAGCCCCCGCUUUUUUCGCUCACCCCCCGCGCCGACUCCACCUGUGCGCAGGCCGUAUAGUCUUGUGAAAAAAGCAUUGAAUAUAUCGCGUCUAUCCGGCGCGCCUUUCACAGUCCGUCGAUUUCAGACUUGUGUUGUUUUCUCUGCGUGAAUGGAAAGUUGAACGUAGAUUGAAGACGGAGACGGGGAUGGGCCGCUUCAUCGAGGCUUUGGACAGGAGCGGCUUGCUGAUGGGGAGAGAGGGUAACGAGAGGACGAGUGGUCCGGCAGCCGUCUGAGAGAACAAUCCCAGUUCCAUUAUGCA